AUGGGGAGUCGUCUUGAGAAGAACUCGGCGGCGGUGCGGAAGCGCAUCGAGGAACAUGGCUUCACUGACGAGGCUGGCGACGAAUACGAGGCCAGCGAGUUUGGGGGCCUCGGGGACUAUUUCCGGAGGAAGAAGAUCAAACUCCAGAACCUCGACGUCGAGCUGCGCACCAGUGCCGAUGGCAAACCCCAGAUCUUCAAGGGCGUCGUCGCCCAUGUCUCGGGCUACACCCAGCCCCCUCUUCAUGUCCUGCACAAAGAGCUUGUCCAGCAUGGCGCCGGCUUCCUACAGUACCUCGACUCCAAGACCAUGGCCACACACAUUAUCGCCUCGACCAUGCCCCCCAAGAAGGCUGUCGAUUUCUCAAAAUAUCGCAUCGUCAAGCCCGCCUGGGUCACGGACUCGAUACAGGCCGGCAAGCUCCUGCCCUGGACCGACUAUCGCGUCAUUGACGACGGGCCCAGGCAAAAGACCUUCAGGUUCGAUGGCGGCAAGCUGUUCACUCAGUCAGCCCAGCAGUCUCCCCAAGGAUACCGCGAGCAGACCCAAAACAGCUUUUACACGGCACAACUGCAAAAGUCGGCCCGAGGUCGUGGCUCCCAAGACCCCAGCAGCCCCUUUCAGCCGCCGUCGGCCAGAAAGCCGCCCUCUGUCUUGGUUGAAACUAUACAAGAUGAUUAUGACAACGAUGGCAUGGAAAUCGAUCUGCAGACUGAGACCGCCGCAACCCCUGAGCGGUCGCCUCAUAGACCUCCCACCACCCCCCAUAACCAGCUUGGGGGUCAUCUUGGAGAGGCGGGGUCGGGAGAAGUCUCGUACGGCCCAGUGCCUGAUCAGGAGAAAGAAUUCCUGAAACCCCCUGUCCCCGAGAAGCCGGGGAACGGUACGAGUCUACUAAAGCACACAGUGAUGACCUCCGAAGAGCACAACGCCAUCUUGCUCUCUGAUCCCCACAUUCGCAAGUCCUCGACUGCCAACCCAGACUUCUUGAAACAGUACUACUCAGAGAGUCGCCUACACCACCUGUCUACAUGGAAGGCUCAGCUCAAGGCACGCAUGCAGAGCCUCGCUGCAGAGAGAGGCCCGACUAAACCAAUCCAGCGUAAAGGCAUGCGCCGAUACAUUAUGCACGUAGAUUUUGACAGCUUUUUCUGCGCGGUAUCCCUCAAGCGCGCUCCAGAGUACCGCGACAUGCCGGCUGUAGUAGCCCAUGGCAAUGGUAGUGGAUCUGAGAUCGCGUCUUGCAACUAUCCAGCCAGGAAGUUUGGCGUCAAGAAUGGCAUGUGGAUGAAGCGGGCCCUGGAGCUCUGUCCCGACUUGAAGAUCCUGCCGUACGAUUUUCCUGCCUACGAAGAGGCAAGCAGGCUGUUCUACGACGCUAUACUCGAUGUAGGCGGCGUCGUCCAGAGUGUCAGCAUCGAUGAAGCGCUCAUUGAUGUCAGUAACAUCGUGCUGUCCGAAACGGGUUCCGCGGGUGUUGGCGUCAGCGAAGGAAGCAUCUGGCGGGAGCAGGAAAAAGUGGACAAGAUUGCAUCUGACCUCCGCAUCCAGAUCAGGGAGAAGACCGAGUGUAACGUCUCGGUCGGCAUGGGCAGCAACAUUCUUCUCGCAAAGGUUGCCCUCCGGAAGGCCAAACCCGCCGGUCAGUACCAGGUCAGACCAGAGGACGUCCUGGACCUCCUCGCCGAGCUCAAGGUUGAGGACCUUCCGGGUGUCGCAUACAGUAUCAGCGGAAAGCUCGAGGAAAUUGGCAUAAAGUUGGUGAAGGACAUACGUCAGACCUCCAAGGAACGUCUGAUUUCCGUGUUGGGGCCAAAGACGGGCGAGAAGUUGUGGGAAUACGCGCGAGGCAUGGACCGAGCCGAGGUGGGAGAGCAGCCCAUCCGCAAGUCCGCUUCCGCAGAGGUGAACUGGGGGAUCCGUUUUACCAACCAGGAAGAGGCCGAAGAGUUUGUCCGCAGCCUCUCGAACGAGCUGGAACGCCGUUUGCUGAACGAAGGGGUAAAGGGGAAGCACCUCACCAUGAAGAUCAUGCGGCGGGCUCUCGAUGCCCCCCUGGACCCGCCGAAGCACCUCGGUCACGGGAAAUGCGAUACAUUCAACAAGAGCGCCGUUUUUGGCGUUGCGACGAACAGCGGCGAACUGAUUGGAAAAGAAGCCGUUGCUAUAUUACGGUCUUACAGGUUUAGUCCGGGUGACCUUCGGGGUCUGGGCAUCCAAAUGACCAAGUUAGAGCCUCUCAAACUGUCCGCCGGUCCAGAGGGAAGCCAGAAGAAGCUGAGCUUUGGAAACUUUGCUACAACUAGGCUAUCGAACAAGAGGAACAUGGCAGAGCAAAUUGACGAUGACAGCAGUCCAGAGAAAGCCAAGGGGCACGACGUGGACCAAGACCCCAUCACUGUCGACCCCCUAACCCCUCGGAAGCCCAGAGUCCACCCAGCAUUAGCGUUAGCAAAGGCGGGUGCUGCGGAUGAUAAGGCGAGGACGCCUUUGAAUAUUUCCGGGACACAAUUCAUCAUGCCUACGAACCCCGACCCUGCAGUGCUUGUCGAGCUGCCUCCGGAUAUCCGCAGCAGGCUGAUGAACCAGGCUCAGUGCAAGUCGGUCGUUCAGUCUAGAGAGGCGUCGCCAGCCGCCACGUCGCGUUCCCAAAGCCCAACCUUGACCGAUGACAUCCCUUCGGAUGUUGACCCAGACGUCUUCAACACGUUGCCAGAAGAGAUGAAGGCUGAAGUCCUAGCAUCCUAUGGCCGGAGGCGACGCCAGGGCGGUGGCCAGGCAGUUCUUCCCCAGUCACCAAGGAAGGACAGAGUGGUCCAUCAUGCAAAGGACAAGGUGACGCCUACCAAGGGGGACAUGAAGAAUCUAUUCAGUCGAGCCCGAGAGCAGGAGAGGCAACACGAUACGGAGGCGAAACUCUUGCAAACCAGUUUCGUGGCGGGCAAGGGCGCAACCGAGGCAAACGACUUAGUGGACGAACUAGACCCCGAGUUCUUAGCUGAGCUGCCAGAAGACCUGCGCCGCGAGGUUGUUGAGGAUCAUCGGCGACGGCGCCUCGCGCAGCGGUCUGGUCUGAACUUUCAGCCUCUUCCACGGCGACGAGGCGCUGAAGAGGCGUCCGAGGACGCGCUGCCAGGGGGGCAGAUGAGACUGAGCUUCCCCCAGCGCCCCCCAAAGCUAUCGUUUACGCAGUCGGCACUGUCAUCUGCGAAAGAGAUCAAGACUAUGCUCGGCGCGUGGCACAAGGCGACGCAGAAAGAGGGCCCACACAGGGAAGACGUGGAGGUGCUCGAGAAAUACCUUGGGCGGGUCAUUGUGGAGGAGCGGGACAUGGAGAAGGUGCGCAAGCUCGUCAGGUGGCUCGAGGUGACCAUCGAAGACGGCAGCGACGGACGCGGUAAACAGGCUUGGGCGGGUGCGCUUGCGUCGAUCAAGCGGGCUAUCCAGGGCGCCAUGAAAGCCAGAGGCCUGGCGCCGAUGGAUUUUGGGUAA